UUUCCCUUAGACGCCGUAGAGGUGUACACCACUCACUCUCCCGACGUAUCUAAUGGGAUCGCGGCCUUACAACCCCAGUCUCUAAGCUAACGUCUUUGGUUUAAGCGAACUAAGUUAAUACAUGUAGGAAUGCAUUUAAGAGCUUGAGCGAACGAAGACUUCUAUCAUGCUAUUUAUACACAACCAACACACAACAGCCUGGGAGGAUUUAGGCUGUGACUUGCAAGUUUUGAUGCCUCGAGCAAACAGCUUUUCGUGUGGUACUCCCUUCACCCUCUGAGCUUGGAAAAUAAGAAAUAGUCUUUGCUCCUCAGUGGCGAGAUGUUUCGUCGCGAACCAUGGCCUCCAAGGUCACCAUCUCCGCCUUCACUGAAACGGGCCGAGAGGAAUCGUCGAUCAUCGUUCCAUUGCAACGGGCGUACACUGGUAGAAGGCCUGUGAUAUCAUCCCACCUUGCUGACACUCCCUGCGCUACCCUCGGCAUUCAGGGCCUCUUGGAUCAACUUAAUUCUACACUCGGAACAUCACACACCCUGGACACUCCAUCCCUCUCCUCCCUUCUUGAAGAUUGUAUCGCAAACAACUAUGACUUUGGCAUGGCAUAUGGCCACCUCCGCCAGAUAUGGUACACCCGCGACUGGAGCAUUAUACGAGACACACUGCGCAAAUGGGAAGAGGAAGACUGGGAGAUGCGACGGACAGCGCUCAAUGGUAACCAGAUCGUUCAACCAGAUUUGCCACCUCGACGUGUGUGGGAUCUGUACAGCAAUCGAGUGGUACCAUGGUGGUGCACAGGGAUGCAGAGGCCGCCUCAGCCGAUAUCGCAUGGAUGGAUGGAUGAGAAGGGUCGUGUCGAUGUGCAGACACCCAUCAAUGGAUAUGAAUGGCCUGUUCCCAUCCCAAAAGACACCAACCUGAACCUUAUCCGCAUUGAGAUGCUCCAUGUUCGAGCCCGGGAUAACGAUUGUGUUAGAGUGGAGUACGUGUGGUUGGAUGUUCUCUGUUUGAGACAGGUGGGUGGACCAGGGGAGCAUAUGCGGAUGGAAGAGUGGAAGCUGGAUGUGCCAACCAUCGGGGCAGUGUAUCAUAUGACCGAGGUGGUGAUUUACUUGAAUGGGCUGGGUCGGCCUUUGAGUUUGAAGGAGGGUGACUUGCAGAGUGAUCGGUGUUGGUUUAGACGGGCAUGGACGCUACAAGAGGUUGGCUGGACUAGGCUGAUUGCUGGGAACACACCGGAUGGGCCAAUGCAUACCAAGCCAAUAGAUGAGGAUGGGAAGUAUGAGACUGAGCUACUGACCAGGUUUCAUGAGCAGCUGGAUUUUAUAGAUGACAGCAUGUAUCAUGAUAUGUUCAAGGCACUGGAGAGCAUGCGGAAUCGGGUGUCGACCAACCCGGUGGACAAAGUUAUGGGACUGUCAUUUCGUUUGCAGUCCAACACAAUACCGGCAUACUAUGAAAGCCAGUCUCUCGAGGACGCAUGGACAGCGCUCAUGGAUUCGAUGGGUGCGGAGGUUCGGGGGGGUUUGUUCUUGUUCUAUCCUGAACCGGGCAAUGCAAGCACAAAAUGGAGACCAUCGUGGGACCAGCUUAUGACGAAGCCUCUGCCCGCAUAUCAUGCCUACACAUUCAAAGUUGAUCGCAAUGAGAUGGAUGAAGACUGGUGUGAGGCGGAGUGCAUUGAAAAGGGGUUGGUGCGGGGGUUGGCUGUUGUGGAAGGGGGUGAUCGAUGUGGGGAAUUGAUCGUUGAAGACGCGGAUGGGACACAACACGCAUUCAACAUCACAGCCACCCACAAGUGCCCGAUACCUGACGACACAUACACACUGAUUUGCGCUGAUAGAGGGUGGUCCCAAUAUUGCGUUGUCGGCCGAAGAUUGACAGGGAAAAGCUCCGAGAUCUGCAUAUUACUAAAAAGUGUCGAAAUAUUCUUAUUUGAGUACACAUCGUAGUAGCUCUUCUUGAGUGGUUAUCAUGCUUACAUGAGGGGCAAAGGAUUGUUCUUAUGAAGGGUUCACACAAUUGCUGCCCGUCGAUUUCAAAAACCUGCGCUAUAUUACAAUGUACUAUGUAUCUCUUUAUAUAUUCGUCGAAAAUCAAACAAGAGCAGAACCGGGAAAACCAAAAGACUAGGAAAAGGAAUAAGAUGAAAG